GUGGGAGUGCGACUGAGUGUGACUGAGUGUCAGGGUCAGAGAAGGCUUCAUUCAUCUCUGAUCCACCAUGAAGCUGCAGGUCGUCCUCUCACUGUGUGCUGUGCUCGCCGUCAGCCUGCAGGCUCCUUCGCCCGAACAGUGUGGAUGUGAGAUCACAAAUUCAGGGGACGAUUUUCCUCACGAUAAACUCAGCACGGCCGAUGGAAACGCUUCGGACUGCAACAGGAACAUCACCCCAAACAAGACUGUGGAGCUGGAGAGUCUGCUGCUGGGUUUGGAGAGGCGCAUCGCACAACUGCACAAAGAUGUUUCUGUCCUGGAGAGGGAGGACGACGGGGAGCUGUACGGCGUGCUCAGCCUUUACGUCAUCGAGAAUGAGAUGGUAGAGAUCCGGCAUCUGAUGGACAGACUGAACAGCACCACAGAGACAGACCAGCACCUCACCGCAGACGCCGUCCAGCAGCUGAGGGCUCUCCGAGUGGAGAUGCGGGAGAUGGAGACGUUCGACACUGCGCAGGUGGUGAGAGGACGACUGGACAACGAACUGCUGAGGAUGGACCUGAACGACUGCCAAAAUGGCCUGAACGCCACCCCGCCCCCCACCCAGCCCCCUCCGCGAACGUGUGCCCAUGGGCAGCUUCAAAACGUCACGGGACCUCGGGUCUUCACCAAAGGAGAGUAUCCUGGCUCGUACCCAUACGGAGCCUGGGGUCGAGAUCCUGAACCAGAGCCAGGGAAGGAGAGCUGGUACUGGCUGGUAAUGAUGACCUCCGGCAACAAAUUUUCCAACUACAUCCGCCUCUACUCCAGCCUGAGCUCGCUCAUCGUCGGCAAGAGCGUCCCAGGUAAUGUUGACAUCCACCCCUCCAACCCAACAACCAACACCAUCCAGGGUCCCAAUAAUGUUCUCUACAGAGGAGCUUUAUACUACAACUGCUACAAUCAGCCUGAAGUGUGUCGAUUUAACCUCACCACGAAAAAAGUUACCAACUUCAGACUCCCCGAAGGCACCAGAUACAACUCAAAGGGCAACUUCUGCCAGCUGGAUGAGUGCUACCCGUUCACCGACCUGGACCUGGCCACCGAUGAGUCCGGUGUUUGGGUGACUUACACCACCAGCCAGGACUUUGGAAACCUAGUGCUUUCCAAGGUGGAGGAGGGCGAACCGCCGAGGCUCGGUCAAACCUGGCACACUUCCAUCUACAAGCAGGCGAUCACCAACACCUUCAUGGCCUGCGGUGUUCUUUAUGCAACCCGAUUCAAGACCAAAGGCGUCGAGGAGAUCUUUUAUGCGCUCGACACGGUGACUGGGAAGGAGAGGUUCAACCUCGGGAUCCUCAUGAACAAGAUGGCUCCAAAAAUUCAGGCCCUGAACUACAGCCCGGUGGAUCAGAUGUUACACGCCUACUCCGACGCCAACAUGGUGUCCUACAAGGCUCUGUUUGCAUAACUGUACAACUUAUUUCUUUGAGGUCAGGAAAUAAAAAUAAGGGGGAGGUUAUCUGAAAACAAUGAAACAAGGAGGAAUCCAAAUCCACUUGGCAAAAAAAAAAAAAAA